GAAUAUUGUAGCCACUAUAUGACCCUCGACUAGAAGUUAGAAGUGCAAUUUUGUGUGAAUAUUGUAGGCACUAUAUGACCCUCGACUAGAAGUUAGAAGUGCAAUUUUGUGUGAAUAUUGUAGGCACUAUAUAUAACCCUAGACCAGAAGUUAGAAGUGCAAUUUUGUGUGAAUAUUGUAGGCACUAUAUAUAACCCUAGACCAGAAGUUAGAAGUGCAAUUUUGCAACACCUCAAAUAUGACAUACAGUGAUCUAGGCCAUGUUGACUUGGAUGCGUGUGUUUGUGUGAUAUAAGAGAUGAGGACUGGGUACUGAUUGUUCCCAAACAAUAGAACUCCGAGCAUUUGAACUGUGAAAGAUAAUUCCAUACUACCACAGAUCCCGACAGUAAAAUCCUUAGAACCAUGGACAGAGCAUCUUAAUAAUGGGAUGUACUUCAUCACAUACUGUCCGGGUGGAGGAAGAGACUCCCAGGUCACAAAGUGUGAUUCGCUCAGCUGUGCUGAUACAGAAGUGGUACCGGCGGUAUUUAGCAAGAACAGAAGCCAGAAGGCGGUGCACAUGGACCAUAUUCCAAUCUAUAGAAUAUGCUGGGGAGCAAAAUCAACUAAAGCUUUACAACUUUUUCAACACCAUAUUGAGCCAAAUGGACACAGAUGACCUGGGACAACCAAAGAUUCUGCGAGCAUUGUCUGUGUCACAAAGGCCUGCAGUAAUUGACACCAAAACCUUAGAGGAAGAAGACUAUGGACUUAUGAGGAUGAGUGAUCCGGAUUCUAUUGAUGUAGAACCCACUUACCGAGGAGUCCAUCUCACCUUUCCUCUAACACAAGCUCAGUUACAGAGCCUGAUCAACUCCUUCAAAACCAGACAGCCACUACAUGCCAAAUAUCUAAUUCAGCUUUUACAUGAGACUCGUGCUGCAUUAAAGCAGAAAGCCAACAUAAGCUAUGCCACAACCUCAAUUUCAAAGCAAAUAACAGUUUGUGGGGAUCUUCAUGGGAAGCUGGAUGAUCUGUAUAUGAUUUUUCACAAGAAUGGUCUUCCAUCUGUUCACAACCCUUACAUAUUCAAUGGAGAUUUUGUUGACAGAGGUCGUAACUCUGUAGAAAUUGCUGUGAUUCUUUUUGCAUGUUUCCUCAUCAACAAAAAUGAAGUUUAUUUAAACCGUGGCAACCACGAGGAUCAUGUGAUGAACCUAAGAUAUGGUUUUGUGAAAGAACUGGUGAAAAAAUACAAUGUACAUGCCAGCAAGAUCAUUCGUCUUUUUGGGGAUUUAUUCAGUUGGUUACCUAUAGCAACCAUUGUUGACCACAAGAUCCUUGUAAUCCAUGGUGGUGUGUCCAACGCAGUGGAUCUCAAGUUUUUGGCAACCAUAGACAGACAUAAGUUUCUUUCAAUAUUACACCCUCCUCGUGGGGAAAAUGACACAUCAACAUUAAGUGAUAUUCAAUUGAGAGAAUGGAAACUGAUUUUAGACAUAUUGUGGAGUGAUCCAAGGUCGCAUCAUGGUUGUCAUGAAAACACAUUUCGAGGAGGAGGAAGUUAUUUUGGCCCUGACGUUACCGAAUUUAUAUUGAACAAACACAAGCUAAAACGAAUAAUCCGCUCUCAUGAAUGUAAACCAGAUGGCUAUGAAUUCUGUCACAACAAUAAGGUACUGACCAUAUUCUCUGCCUCCAAUUACUAUGAAGAGGGUAGUAAUAAGGGGGCUUAUGUGAAACUACAUGGUACAGAUCUGGAGUACCAGCUGGUGCAGUACAUGUCCAGCAAAGUUGCCAACAGGAGGGUCACAUUUGCUCAAAGAGUGACAAAGGUAGAGUCAUCUGCCAUCGUAAACCUGAGGGAGAAAAUCCUGGGCUCAAAAACAGAGUUACUGGAAGAGUUCCAAAAACUGGACAGUGAUAGGACAGGAAAGGUGACUCAGUGUGAGUGGUGCAUGGUGAUGGGCUGUACCCUGGAGAUGGAUCUACCCUGGCGAACACUGAGGCCCAAGCUGGCCCGAUGUGAUGAGAAAGGAAUGGUGGCUUAUGAGACAACAUUUGAAGAGAUGAGAAUCUACCAUCGAUAUAGUGGAAAUGGACCAACAGUGACAGAAAUGCUGUACAGACAGAAAGACAAUCUGGAAACUCUGUUUAGGAUUCUGGACAGAGAUAAUUCAGGUCAAAUUUCAAUGGAAGAAUUUGAGGAAGUGAUUCAACUCCUUGUAAAGCAGCAAAAUAUGAGCUGUCCUCUGGACCAGAUAUCUGACAUAGCAAGGAGCAUUGACCUGAAUCACGACGGCAAGAUUGACUUUAAUGAGUUCCUGGAGGCAUUCAGGAUUGUGGAUAGUUUUGGUAAAUUUUCUGAAGUUCAGAGACAGGAGAUGAAAUCUAUAAGUUCCAUGGACAGCAUUAUGAAUAUCAAGAACUCAAGCUUUUCUAUGGGAGCCAAGAGAAGAAUAUCAAAUCUGGAUGAUAUCAAGGAAUGCAAGCACUGACAAAGAUGAACAACCACACACUUUCUAGUUAUACAUGUACAUGUGCAAAAAGUAAAAAUUUUGAUGAGCCAAUUUUUCAAAUGUGUGUGGCAAUUUUUUUUUAUUCAUUUGUAAAGUAUCUGUUUUACUACUUAAAAAUUUUGUAGGUUCCAGCUUUUAUAAUCGGUGUUCUGAGAUUUUUUUUUCACCAUUUGAUGAUAAAUUUUAUUUUAAUUGAUUUUGAUUCUCUUCAAGUAUUACAGUUUGUUUCCAGGUUUGCAUUUCUAAAUAACUUACUAUUUCGCAGUUCUGUGACUACAUUUAAAGCCUCUUGAUCAUUUUAUUUACACAAUAUAGCAGGUUUUUUCCAAGGGGUGAUAAUUUUAACAGUUUGGUAUCAUGCCGCCAAAUUUUUAAUAGCUAAAUUUUGUAUCCAAAUGUGUCUGCAAUCAUAAUACAUAUUUUUUCAAGAAAGAUUACUCAGUAUAGUAAUUGUUUUUAUGUCAAAGACACACAUGUAGCACACUUGGAAGGUAAAUACAAUACAGGUCUUUUUUAUGUCAGUAGUUUUGCCCACAGUAAAACGUUCUGCAGAUAAGUAGUCAACACUAUACUGCUUAUCAAUUUGUAUGCUUUGGAACUCCACCCACCAAAAUGUAUUCUACUAAAUUCAUUCAUAUAAUAAUAAUAAUAAUAAUGAUUGGUUUUAUAUAGCGCCUUUUACAGCGUAUGCUGCUCAAAGCGCUUUACAAUAAUCAAUCUACAUUAUUAUCCCGACAGACCAUAUAUCAAUCUAGAACUUUCUCAGCCUCCUAGGAAGCAUACAGUGCAAACUGCCAUUACAAGCGCUAGAGCACUAACAUUCUAACAAUAUCUUUCACUGUCUAUAGCCAGGUACCCCUUUUACACUUGGGUGGAGUGAGGAAAUUCAUGUAAAGUGCCUUUCCCAAGGACACAAUGUCAGCCCUGCCGUGGCCAGGACUCGAACCCACGACCUUUCGGUCGAGAGUCUGACGGCCUAACCACUCGGCCACUCGCCACAUACCUAUUUGUGUACCUUGAGCUAGAAAAUUGCCAAAGUUUACACCUACAAAAAAUACUAUAUGGUAUCUUGAUAGGUACCACUUGGUUGUUGGUUGUGAAUGAUGAACAAAAUGAUAAUACACAUUAACUAUAUUGAAGAGUUUCAAAGGGGAUGUCAUCUUCAGGCUUUACCAGGCAGGUCCAUCUUAUCAUGGCUCUGUCGUUACGCUGAAGGCGCUUGACAGUGCUCACUGAUGUUGCCCACAUUUCUGAAACAUAGAGCAUGACACUCCUCACACAGCUGGAGUAAACUUGACCUCUGAUUGCAGCAGGGAGUUGCUUGUUUGUGAGGAUAGGAAGGAGUUCUCUGAACUUUUUCCAGGCUGACUUGCACCGUGUUAUGACUGCAGGCUCACACCCUCCACUGAAAGACAUGGUAUCUCCGGGUAGCAGACGUCAGCGACCACGUCAAGUGUGUCACCUUCAACCUCAACCUUGUUUACUGGCCUACCGUCUAUUGGUCUUGCUGUGUCCAUAUAGCGUGGGUAUGAGUAUUGUGGGUUUGGUCUGAGUGGACCUUUAAUUCCACUAUAGUUCUUGUGUACCCAGCAAGAGCGCAGAAGAUAGAGUUUCUUCCUGUUUCGUUUAAGCAUUCCGAACAAGGGUGUUUUCCCGAUCUUCUUAGGGAGUUCAGAUUUGAACCAGCAAUCAUUACUUUGGUCUUUCCCAUUUUUACUCUUAGACUUUUGCUUCCAUGCCCUUUUUCCAGGUGGUGAUUCUGUCAACUAGUGCCUCUAAUGAGUGACAAUGGCAAGGUCGUCAGCAUACAAGAGCUCCCAGGGGCAGCCUGUGCGCAGCUCAAGUGACAAGCUUCCAGGACAGUGAUGGAGAGCAGCGAGCUCAGUACAGAACCCUGAUGUACACCUAUUCCCACUUUGAAAGCGUCACUGUAUCCGUCUCCAACACACACACGGCUCCUAGCAUCUGAGUACAUCGAUUGUACCAUCUGUACCAGCCAUUACUCAACACUCAGCUUUCACAUGGCCCACCAGAUCACAUUUCUUGGCACUCGGUCAAAGACUUUCUCGAGGUCUACAAAAACCAUGUAAAGGGUUUUGUUUGUGGCUAAAUGCUUUUCUUGUAGCUGUCGGAUGAUGAAGAUGGCGUCGAUUGUACCUCGACCUGGCAUGAAGUCAAACUGCAUCUCGAUGAUGUGCACAUGUUGCCUAAUCAAUUGCUCCGUCACUCUCUCAAAUAUUUUCAUAGUCUGAUCUAGCUUUAGUCCUCGGUAAUUUCCCCUUUCAAGAGCAUCCCCUUUUCCUUUGUAGAUGCUGAUGAUGUAUACCGCCCUCGCAAACAAUAGCUUCCACAAGGUCUCGUAUAAGAUCUACUCCAGCCUUGCCUGUGGGCUUCAGCAUCUCUCCUAUUAUUCCUUCCAGCCUUGCCUGUGGGCUUCAGCAUCUCUCCUAUUAUUCCUGAUGGUCCAGGAGCUUUGCCAAUGCGCAUCUUACUGAGAGCUUUUUCGAUCAUCUCAGUACUACUGGAGAUUGGUACACAAGGACCCUCAACGGGGGUUUCCUCUGAUCAUUGGGGUUCCAGGGGAAUUCCACAUUAAGAAGUAGCUCAGUGUUGUUUCAAUCUUAUUUUCAUUAUUAAAGACAGUUCAUCUUAGUACAUGGAUAAUUUCACCAAUUCUACACCAUGAUGUCACAAUAGCUAAUAUUGACCACCAGUCCCAAAACCCACAUCCCAUAUCAGUCCAGCGUGCAAAAAUACACAAGGAAAAGAGAACGUGGUACCUACAGUGACUCGGAAUCGGAUUGAUCCCCAAUUUGUUGUAUAUCUCCUUAUAUCCUUGUCAUAUGUAUUUGUUGAUUUCAUACUAAGUAAGACUUUUUGUUUAUGUUGAAUACAAUUCAUGUAUUCUUAGAUUUGUUGCCAAGUUUAUUAAAUUUUGAAAAAACUA